AUGCGCUUUGUCUUGCUACUCCGAGACCACCUGCUGUGGGCCUUGCCCUGGGUGUGCGACUUCUUCGCGUGGGGGAGCGCUGAGAAGCCGGACUUGCGAGAUGCCGUGUGCCGCGGCAAUGCCAGCGAGGUGCGGGAGUUGUUGGAUUCCGGCCUCGACGCAAGCCUUUCGAACGGCUACCCGUGGAGCUGCGACGACCUUCGGGAGCCCUACCACACCUCGGUGCAUCACGCCGCCCAAGAGGGCUUGAUCGACAUCUUGCGGUUGUUGCUGGCCGCGUGGCCCGGGGGCGCCCAAGCCAGGGAUGGUUGGGGGAACACCCCUGGGCACUACGCAGCUUCGGCCGGGCAGAUGGAGGCCCUGGAACUCCUCCUAAGCUGGUGGCCCGAGGGGCUCCGCACCACCGACACAGCAGGCCUUACGCUUCUGCAUUGGGCAGCCGCAGCUGGGCAGCUUCGAGUGCUCGAGAUGUUGAUGCAGCGGUGGCCGGAGGGCAUUUACGUAAUUGAUAGCCUAGGGAGAUCCCUGCUUCAUUGGGCAGCCUCGAAAGAGCACCUGGAUGUGCUCGACUUGGUCCUACCACGCUGGCCGGAGGGAGCCCGUGUGAUUAGUAAUGACGGCUGGACGCCUCUUCAGCAAGCUUCUUGCGCUGGCAUUCUCCAUCGUGGGUGCAACCUCACCAACUCUUUGCCAUUGCUAAGGGAUGCGGCCAUCAAUCUGGAAUGUGGGACUUCGCACGAGCUUUCCAAGCUAGAGCUAAAGCUCUGGCUCAACUGUGGUGGCGACCCAUGGUACGAAGGUGCUUCGGGCACACCCCUUUCUGAGAGACUUGACGCUCUGGAUGCCAGAGAGUUCCUGCGUGCCAAGAAGGCCGAGGAGGGCUAUUAUUCCAGACUCCUGUCAGACUACCGUACUUACGUGGUCCCCACCGCCGCCAUCGCAGUGGCCUGGGCAGCAGUCCUAUUCGAAGAACACUUCGACAGAGUGUUCUUCCUCUGCAAGACUUAUUCACUUCCCGCUCGAAGGACGGUGCAGAUGGAUGUUUCGGAGGUGGCAGAGGACCCGUUUCUUGAAGGAGCAAAGCUCUUGGUCGCUCAGGCAUCCGCAAAGCGCCUGCCACUUCACCGGCUUUGGCGAUGGCUGGAGAGCAUGGUCGCCGUAAUUUGGCUGGGGUUCCUGUUGGCUUACGCCCACUGGCCAUGGUGGCUGCCCUUAGUAACUCUGGCCUAUGCUCUGCCCGCAGUUGGCCUCCACAGGACGCGCAAAACUCUCCAGGCACCCGUGCUGGCACUCAUGAGCCAAGGCUUCGCUGGCGAGCUGGCUGCUCUCCUUCGAAACAUCUGUCUGAGCCUGGCCUUCGCAAUCUGCAUGUUGCUUCGGCUUGGCAGCAACCCGGCCUAUCGUGAAUGGCAGUCAACAAAGCUUCAUAAUGUGUGGGUCAAGUCGCACUUGAAUGACCACUGGCUCUUCGUAUGGGCACCUGAGAUUUCGGCGCGUCAAAUUUUUCUGGCAGCUGUCAUUGCAUGCAGCUGCAUCAUUGGACUCCACUGCGCCCUCUUGUGCCGCGCUGUGCUGUGCGCAUGUUUCUGUGCAACCACAGCGGAUGGCAACGAAACAGUAGAAAGGGCCCAGGAGAGGCACGCCAGAGAGCGGGACGAGGUUCUUGCUUUGCUGCAGGAGAGGCCCGACGUCGCACGCGUGAAUCCUCGAAUCAUACCUGUGACAGCUUUUGCGCUUCCUUGGCGGGGCGGCGGCCUGUAUCUUGCCGUGGGGUUAGUGCUGCUGGACGUGGGCCUGGACAUCAAUACCAUCAUCACCUUCCUUGGGGGAAAGAGCUUUCUUUUUGCUGCUUCGAUGACGUUCAUCGUGGCCCGAAGCUUUGUGAAGCAGGUGCAAGUCCUCCGGCCAUGGCAGCUUUGGCAGGCAAUGCGGGCCAGCUUAGAUCGAGGCAUCCUGCGGAAGGACUUACUGGACUUCCUUGAGGAGGAGAAGAGAUCUGAGGCCCUUCUUUGCGCCUGCAUCACCGCCUACUCUGCCUUCUUCAUGGUGCAUUCUGCGGGUGAGCUCCUAGUACAGCUCUGCAGCUUGACACUGAGCACCGUCAUGUUCUCCAGCUACGCCGUCGUCGCCUGCGACCUGGAGGACUUGCAGAUGCGCGCAGUUCACUCCGAGCCACUGGAGGUCUCCCCCAUUCCUGAUGAGCCGGUCCUCCCCGCGGAGGAGCAGCACGAACGCCGCACAGUCGACAACAACCUCGAGGAAGCUGCGAAGGACAACGCUGCGAAGGACAACGUUGCACCACCAAAGCAGAAGACAAAGGCGAAGAAGCGCCGUGCCAGGAAGACAGGAGCUGUUGCGGGCGGGCGCCGGACGGAGCCAGCGCCGGCUGUGCUUGGCUCGUCAGACGUGACUCCUCCUGAGGACCUGUCUCCACCCAGGGUCACUCCUGCAAGAAGCUGCGAGGAUGUGGGCUUGCGGCUACUGCGCACCUCCAUGAGUGCGGCCGCGCUGCUCCCCGAAGCGCAGCUCUGA